AUGCAAACUCAAAGAGGCGAAUCUAAAGACUUAUCCGAAGUCGAUUCAUUAAAACUGGAAAAUGCUAGGCUUAUGACUAGAAUCGCAGAAUUAGAACAAAUAGUAAAAGAAAAAAACGCACUUGAGACUGAGCUAAAACAGAUUAUAGAAAAAAAUGCUGAGAAAGCAAAGCUAAGAGAUCAUACGAAAAUCGAAGUUGUUACUUACAAGAACAUGGACGAUUCACUUUACGAUGAAUUUGGUAACUACCUUGGACCUGAGUUACCUGACUCCGAUGAGGAAGAAAUGGCUCCUCAACCUAUGCAAGAAGUUGAAGAUCUAUAUGAAGAAGGGGAAGAAGACGUUGGUGGCCCAAGUAUGGCGCUUAUGGAAGUAGACGAUGUUCCUCAGACUCAAGUUAUUCUUCAUGAAGAUAAAAAAUAUUAUCCGAGUGCUGAAGAAGUUUAUGGUCCUGAGGUGGAAACUUUGGUUCAGGAAGAAGAUACUCAACCUUUAUCAGAACCUAUAAUUCAACCAAUAAAAAUAAAAAAGUUUCAACUAGUAGAAAAAAAUCUUCCAGAAACAAGAUUUAAAAAAGAAUUUUUGGUGGAUAUGAUGAAUUUUCCUGAAUUGAUAAGAAAUGUCGCUAUUGUCGGUCAUUUACAUCAUGGUAAAACUUCUUUUGUUGAUAUGUUGGUUAAUGAGACCCAUUCUUCGGUUGCAUGGGAUGUGGAUAAGCAG